UUGUUGACUACGUUGACUACCUACUGUGUAGGUGGUGAAAGUUAACAAUGUACAACAAGGCGAGAAUUUGAUAAUCACGUUACUGUAUUACCGUUGUCACCCUCCUGUUGUCGUCUGAGAUAAAUGAUGAUUCCAGGUUAGGGAUUGCCUCGUGAUUCAGUUUGAUGAUUCCCACCGUGUAUCUCCUACUCACCUCUAGCGUAUUUUCCUAAUUUCCUCUUCAGUUAAAAGUUGGUUUGUUCGUUGCUACGUUGGGUUGUUGCGGAUAUUAUUAAUCCAAUGGACAAAGUAUCUUGUAUGGAUGUAUAGUACAUAUAUAAGGCUUUUGACGUUCUUCAAGUUUUAAUAUUUUUUGUGACAAUAGUAUUGUCAGAAAUCCCUCACUUGGUUGUUAUGAUGAUUUGGAAUAAUACUAUGAACAUAUCUCAAAAGUUUUCAAGACUAUUUAAAACACUUGGAAAAUUAUCAUAUCGUCAAGUUAACACAUUAUCAGAUGAUAUAAAUCAGGUAGUUCUGUUAGGUAAAGUGACUUUUUUACAUUUGGGUGAAAGCGCUAAUGGUAAAAAUGUUUAUGCAUCUAUUGGAUUAGUAACGAAAAAUAAUUAUAUGACUGCGAAUGGAUAUUCAUCUACCUUAGCUUUUCAUAAUGUGUUUGUUUUCAAGCAAUCCUUUGUGGAUAAAGUUAAACAUUUAACUAAAGGUGAUCGAUUAUGUGUUAUUGGUCAAUUGAACUCUUAUUCUAAUCCUAAUGGUUAUUGGCGUUCUAGUGUUACAGCUGAAGUAGUGAGUCCACUUAUUGGAUUAUCAACAGUUGAUACCGAUGAUGAUAUACAAGCUGAAAAAGUUGAAGAAGACGAAGAGAUUUUAACAGAUGAAAUGAAUAAUAAAUUUGAUGCUGAAAAAUAAUACACUUCAGUAUAUGUAUAUAUAUAUAUAUAUCAUAGAUUUGUACAAUAUCUUGUGUGUAAUAAUAAGAAAUUCGAAAUAGAA